GAAACAAAAUUCUAAAUUUAGAACUACACUAGUCUAGCUAGCAGUUUAAUUUUUAAGUAAAAUGGCCGUCUGUGUUGCAGUCAUAGCCAAAGAGAAUUAUCCACUUUUCAUAAAAACAGUCGCAACUGAAAAUGAAUUGAAGUUUUAUUACACUGUACACACCUCACUGGAUGUAGUUGAAGAAAAAAUUAGUUCAGUUGGCAAAAAUGUAAAUGAUUUAAGAGAGCUAUACUUGGGCCUUCUAUACCCUACUGAAGAUUACAAAGUUUAUGGCUAUGUAACAAAUACAAAAGUGAAAUUUGUGAUUGUUGUAGAUUCUUUGAAUGCAUCUCUCAGAGACAAUGAGAUUAGAACAAUGUUCAAAAAGCUACAUAAUGCUUAUGUUGAUAUGCUGUGCAAUCCAUUUUACAAGCCUGGAGAAAAUAUAACAUCAAAAGUAUUUGAAAAUGUGGUAACAGCUAUGUUGCAACAGGAUUAAGACUAUUUUUAUGAUCCUUCCAAGUGAUUAUAUGACAUAAAUGAUUCCCAAUAAAAAAUCAGUGCAAUAUGUAAGAUUGUACACUGUUAUUAUCAUUCCUUAAACAAUAUUCUUAACUCAUUAGUUAAGAAAAUGUACUUUGGUUAUGUAAAUGUUUGUAAUUUCAUUUUAAUGCAAUGUGUAACUUUGUAUUGUAGAUGUGACUUGCCAAGGUGGCUUUAGAUUUAUGUAAUUGUGUAAAUAAAAUCUUGAAAUCAUGUAUCUUCUCAGUUGAAUUGUGCCAGACUGAUCUAAUUAUGCAGUUGGACAUUAACAAUAUCAUGUAUAGAUAUCCAUUUUUCACUUGCAUUAAUUUAUAAAACACAAU